AUGUCGUUACGACCUCCAAAAAGACCCCCUGGAGACUCUCCACCAGCUGCAUCCCGCAAGAAGAAAGCCAAAAAAGUCAAGUUUGAGCAUAUUGGUGGUCCUGGUCGUGCUGCGCCCACCCCUGUUGCCAAGCCCGAUGUCUUCUCUUCACAAGCAGGCCCUUCAACUCGCUGCAGCGCCAGUACAAGCGCCGACGCGAUAUACAUCCAUACCGCUCCAGAUACCAAUGCUAGAGCGUCCUCUGUAGAGUCGCUAGCCUCAGAUGGACCAGCUAAUGAUGAGCAGCACGAGACUUGGGAUCGUGAAGUGGACGCAGAGCUGGCGAACUACGCCCACUUUGGGCUGCGUAAAGGGACGCCGCUGGAGGGGCUCUCGCAGCUGAUGGUCCUUCAAGCCAUUGUCAAAGCAGGCGGGACGAGACACUUCGCGGAUGGGGAGACAUCCAAGUUUCUCGCUGAACGACCUGAUGUUGCUGCAUUACUGUCAAAGUCGUGGUUGGAGGACAAGGGAUACAGAGCUGUUCGUCAACAUGAGGCAAUACGAUUUAAUGCACCACCCGUUGUGAGCGUAGCGAACACUCCAGGGCUGAAGUCAGAACUCCGUCAAUAUCGUGAUGCUAGCAUAAAGGUUACCGAAAUCUCAUGGAAGGAAGACUACGUUGGCGAUGCGCAUAUUGCGCUCCGUAAACAUAUCGCCAAGUAUUGGGGGAAAGAGGGUGUCUAUGCACCAUACUGUUCUAUCGUACAGUCCAGUGGCUGCGGUAAGAGCAGAUGCGCCGAUCAAUUUGCGAAGACCCAUUUCUGCAUCCCCAUGAACCUCCGCAUUCCUACUGCCUCGGGUUUUCCGGCUUCCGAUGACGUCCUGUAUACCUUCUUCGAGGGCAUGAAGCCGCUAUCUGCGCAUCGAAUGUUCAUCCACAAUUCUGCAUUCCUGGUUGCACUCUUUCAGGCCUGCACCCGGACGUUACGAGAGGAACCAAGAGGCGAACACGCCUCCUGGUUUUACGACAAGAUGACGGAAGGACAAAGUAUGACGUCCCAUAACGCUUUCCGCAGGAACUUCUACGAGAGAGUUGUUGGGGUAGCCAGAAAGCUCGUGGGCGAUUACGAUAGGCUAGCCAUGGUUUCCGGGGCAUCCGCAUCUAAAGAUCGUGCCCGGUCCCCGAUUGCACAGUUUGGAGUCACUGUGAUCGAGGCUGCAAAGCAGCUUUGCGCUGAACUGGCCAAUGAUGACGAACCACCGACAAGCCCCACCAAGCCACAGAAGGUUACGAAGCCAGGCAGCAAAGCUGGAGCGUCAAAGAAGCAACGACUACCCCGGGUCAUCCUGAUCUUCGAUGAAGCUCAUACUCUAACAGAAAAUGCCAAGUCGGCCGCAGUGCCCCGUCCGUCGCUCUCCAACUCGACGGGACGCGCUCCAAAUACCACCCCCUCUACUUUCCAGUCCAACGUCAUAUCAAAGGGCAAGGGCAAGGGCCCGGCAUUAGCAGCACCUCCCGCUCCUUCCCAGAUGCAGCCGGGCGACGAAGAGGCUGAACUACGCCGCGACGCGGAGGCGUUCGGCUACGAUGCCACUAACGUAUCCCCAUUCUCUCAGCUUCGCAGAGUCCUGCGGUCUCUUCGACAUCAGCCGAUAUUUGCCUUGUUCCUAUCGACCACGGGCAAGAUCACCCAGUUUACUUCGCCCAAGGAGUCCGAUCCCUCCAAGAGGGUCAUGGAAGGAGGUCUAAGGCUCAUUCCUCCGUUUUGUGCGAUCGGUUUCGAUCAACUGGCAUCCCCAUGGCCCGAACCGCUGACCCUCGCGGCCGUCUCGGACAUCGGGUAUCAAGCUCGGCUGGGCCGACCAAUGUUUGCUGCGAGAUAUAUCGCAGCCCAGGCUAAGGGCGUCUCCGAAUACGAGCGCCGGAUCAUCCAGGACGACCUUGUCAGGUUCGCCGCAGAGAAGAUUCUCCGGGCAGACAUCGAUCGGAUCGAUAAUAUCCGGUGGGAGCAGCAACUCGCGUGCUUGGCUUGGAGAGUUCCGAUCCAGUUCAUGUCAUCCACGCCCACGGCGCAGGAGAUGGACCAGGUGGCGAACCACAUGCGCGUCUGUAUAUCCAUCGAUGAGACCUUUCGCCGGAUGUUCACUCUCAACCCGUCUGAGCCGGUGCUUUCGGAAGGUGCGCGGAAGAUCAUGUCGUUUACGGGGUUCAAGCCCCACGUAGCGCUUUCAAACGUCUUGCACGGCUUCUCGGUCCAUCAAGGCGAUCGAGGGGAGCUGCUCGGACUGCUGCUCCUCAUCUUGGCCAGGGACCAGGCGGUCGUCGAUCACGCGGAGAUGGUCCCUCGUCCGGUCUUCGGCGUCGUUCCAUUUCUUCAGCAGCUCUUCAGGAUUCCCGAGAAUAGCAAGAAACGGCUCGACAACUUGCUCAAAGCGCUCCCUUCGGUGUACCGCGUGGAGGAGGACAAGAAGCGGCCGCUGGGCGAGGCGUUCAAGGACGUCCUGCUGCACUUCAACCACUUCAUCAAGCGCGAAUCGCAGAAUCGUCUAACUCCUGACAUGCUCGAGUGUUUCAUUGCGCGGAACGCCGCGUUCAUGGGGGCAACCGGCCAAGCAGGAGUAGAUGCCGGCCUCGUCACCGUGAAGGGCACUAAGGACACGACGAUCAAACCGUCCAACAUGGGGCUCGUCCUAUUCCAAUUCAAGCUCGAUACGCAUUAUACCGCCACGGUGCAGGAAGAGAUCUUCGAGUCUAUGGACCCCUUCGCGCUGGGCUUCAUGAAGAAGGACCAGCAGAUCGAGGUGCCCAUCAUCCGCAUCGUGUUCGCGUUCGCGAGCAAGGUCGACUCCAUCCAGUGCGUUAAGACGCAGAAAGAGGGAAGCGUCACCUGCUACGAUAUAUGGGUGUCCGGUCUGUCCGCGAAGGUAUUCUCCCCGAUCGAGCCCGCGGACGAGGAAAGCUGGAAAUCGCUCCGGCAGGUGUCGUACGGCUGGCAGAAGAAGUAUCAUCACGACGAUUCGGACACGUCCACGCUGAUGAAGAACAUGAAUCCGCUGGGCGAUAACGGGAUGGCCUUUCGGUCGUUCAGGUAUAAGGGCGCAAAGCGCAAAUGA